AUGCGGUGCGCGACGCAUCUGGCAACGUCGACAUCGAGUAGGACACACGCGCGCGGCGAAUCCGAUCGCGCGCGGACGCCAUCUAGCGGGAGCUGGGCCAAGGUAACCCGUCCCCGUCGGGCGACGGUGUCCCACGCCCACGAAGAUGCGCGUCGCAGAACCCGCGUCGGUUCGAAGCGAAACGUGGACCUCCCCGUGCUGAGUCCCGAUACGCUCAGGGCGGAUCUCUACGAGCACGGGACGCUGUGGAACACCAACAUGCGGGGGGUGCUCCUGUGCAACGGCGCCCAAUGCGUGGACGACUGCGAGUACUGGUUGUCGUACAUGCCGAUGAGGAACAGGGCGGAGGUCAUCAGGUUGAUGCUGGCGUACGCGAACGUGCCGUACGCGUUCGAGGUUGUCGGGUACGAACGAUGGGGUGAGGUCAAACCCACGAUGAACUUCGGUAAGACCCCGGCCCUGGUCGACGUGGACGGCGCCGGAACCGAUCUUACGCACGAGACCGCGAUGACUCGGUACCUGGCCGAUAAACUGAACCUCGGCGGCUCCGACUCGUUCCAGAAGGCCAGGGUGGACGAGCUGUUCUCGCAGUACUGGCACACGAUCAGGAACAACGGGCUCACGCACGCCGGUGAGCUGUACAGCGCGAUCGCGUUGAAGGACGCGAGCGCGGAGGACGUCGAGAACUGCGGAAGGUUUCAAGACACGCACCGGGUCAACGCGCUGAGCGUCGCCAAACGCUCGCUCCAGGCCCUACGCGUCUUCGAGGAAGUCUUGGCGACGAACGGGACGCCGUAUCUGGUCGGCGACGCACCGACCUACGUCGACUUUGCGCUGUUCGACGCCUUGUUCGACCUCGGCGAGGAGGACGCGACGCCGGAUUUCGCCGAGCGGUUCCGCCUUCCUCGAUGCGGCGAGUUCGCGAAUCGCGUGGCGGGCAUCCCGACGAUCGACGCGUACCUCCGGUCGCCGACGAGGAUCCCGCGGUACGAGAGGCCCGAGUACGCGUACGUGUCGGGACGAUUCAGUCCCGAGCCUUAG